GCGCCCCAGUAAUAUUCUGAAUUUCCACCUGCCGCCUCCGUCACUUAAAACACACAGCACGUGAAGCCAGGAGGUCUGUCUCUUCUCUCUGUCCAGGGAUCAGCAAGGCAGAGUGCCAUGCUGCGUCAACUGGUUUCCACAGUCCAGCAGAGGUAACACGCUCUGGUGAGAGACCCUCGGAGGACAUAAUCAAAGCCCUGCCGGACUGCCCCCUGGACUGUCAGCCCAAACGUCAAUGAAGUUAAUAAGUGGUCUUGAUGCUUCAAAAACACUAAAGGACAAUAAUAUGGAGACAUUAAUUGAAUGUCAGUCAGAGGGUAAUAUCAAGGAGCAUCUCCUGUUGACAUCUUGUGAGAGUGAAGAUAACAUUUGCCAGCUAAUUGAGGUUAAGAAGAGGAAGAAAGUGCUGUCCUGGCCCUCUCUCAUGAGAAGGCUCACCCCAUCUUCUGAUUUCUCUGGGUCUUUGGAGCCAGAGUUGAAGGUGUCGCUGUUCGAUCAGCCCUUGUCAACGAUCUGCGGUGAAAACAACACACUCCCCAGAUCUAUCCAGGACAUUCUCACCAUCCUCUGCCUGAAAGGCCCUUCAACUGAAGGAAUAUUCCGGAAGGCGGCCAGCGAGAAAGCCCGCAAGGAGCUGAAGGAGGAGCUCAACUGUGGGGGUGAGGUGGACCUGGCGGAGUUCCCCGUGCACCUCCUGGCUGUGGUCUUUAAGGACUUCCUGCGAGGCAUCCCCCUGAAGCUUCUGUCCUGUGACCUCUUUGAGGAGUGGAUGGGCGCCCUGGAGAAGCCAAGUGAAGAGGACAGAAUCGAGGCCCUAAAGCAGGUUGCCGGUCAGCUCCCGCCGCCCAACCUUCUGCUGCUCCGGCACCUGGUCUACGUGCUGCACCUCAUCAGCAAGAACGCCGAGGUCAACAAGAUGGACUCCAGCAACCUGGCCAUCUGCAUCGGUCCCAACAUGCUCUCGCUGAAGAAUGACCAGAACUUGUCAUUCCAGGCGCAGAGAGACUUGAACAAUAAGGUUAACACCUUGGUGGAAUUCCUCAUUGAUAACUGCUUUGAAAUAUUUGGGGAGAAUAUUCCGACACACUCCCGUGUCACUUCUGACGACUCCCUGGAACACACUGACAGCUCAGACGUGUCAACUCUGCAGAAUGACUCCGCCUACGACAGCAACGAUCCUGACCUGGAGCCCACCAAUGCCAUCGCCCCUCCUGGCAGGCAGCUGGAGAGGCCCGCUCCUAUCGAGACUGGUUUGGACAACAAGGGCCCAGGGGGCGCUUGUGAGUUACGCCCGGAGCCCAUUGUUAGCAUGAUAACCAGGCUGAAAAGUCCCAUCAGCGAACAGGACAGGAGGUUCUCAGAACCCAACAUGUCACCCUCACAAGAGUGCCUGGGGGCCCAGAUGCCAAAGCAAAAACUGACAAGAAGUGAAGAUGGCUUUGCCAUGCCCGGAGCGGGCUCUCACUUCGAAAGUGAGGAUGCCGAAGACCCCUUUCCAGAGGAGAGCUUCCCGGAGGUCGACAGCAAGCCCAAGAGACCAACGGAGCUGGAGGUGAAGAGCUUGAGCCAGGGCUUGGCAUCUCCACGGAGACUGGUACCCAAGGCCUUCUCCAGCAGUUCCUUGGAGGGCCCCUCAGAAAGCUCCCCCUUGCCUUCUCCUCCUUGGCCCCAGAAAAGUGUCUUCACCAGACAUCAGAGCUUCACCACAAAGACUAACCAAAGCAAGCCCAGCAGGGAAAUCAAAAAGCACUCCGUGUCCUUCUCCUUUGCUUCCCACAAAAAAGUGCUGCCCCGCAACACCAGCCUCGAACCUGGAACCUCCAAAGAGUUUCCCAGAGAACAAAUCAAGAGAGGUUUGAGGAAAGAAAGCCGGCUUGCUGGCCGCAUCAUCCGGGAAAACAUGUCAGACAUCCACAACCAAACAGCGCUGGGCUUCAGCCUGGCUAGAGCCUGGGCCCUCUCGGUGGAUGACGUGUUUCAGCUGGCGGAUGGCAGGAGGCCAGGAAACCCACCCUCCUAUGAAGAGGCCAUUCAAUGCCAGACAUCCGGACUUGGCACCUAUGGUGGCCAGACAGUCGGGAGUAUGAGAGCCAGAAUGCUCAGCCGGGACUCCACACUGUCACCCCUGAUGCCUUCUCGCCAUGGGGACAUCUCCCGCGAAGGGACACUUAGUGGGCACACACUGUCUUCCAUGUCUGAGCACUGGAAACAGAGACAGACUGUCAAUGUCUCUGUGGAAACUCGAGGGAGAUCUGAGCUGCACCGGCUGAUGACCAUGACGGAGUGUCUGCAGGAGGAUAAACUGGAUUGUGUCAGGCAGCGAUCCUGCCACACGGUCUUUGAGGCCGACCAACUCCAGUGUGCUAAAGAAUCCUACAUUUAGGAAAGGAGGCUCUGGGCCCUAGCUGACUUGUGGUGUCUGUAAAGACACAACAGUCCAGAGUUUGUUUCCAAAAAGUCAUGAAUAAGCUCAUUUAGAAUGAUGUGGAGAGAGAAGUCUCCUCUGUGAGGAAGGCUUAUGCACUGACACAUCAGAUAGCGUCUCUGUGGAGCUAUAUUUGUGCAAAUGGGUAGUAAAUAUGUAAGGAGUGGUCUAGACAAGGUGUUAGAGAAAUGAUGUCCACAUCUAUGCCUCCAUGUGUUGGUACACUUUCCAUAUGUUUGUGCUUUUUGUCCCUUGGGGUAACCGGUGUCAUUGGUAUCAAGAAUUAUCUUUGCUUCUUUGUCGAUGUUACCUCAAAUGUCCUGCCAAUUUUCACAUUUUCCACAAACUCCAUUGGGGGGGGGGAUGUCUAAAUCACUAGUGCAAGUUUCCUGAGCAGGCUUGUGAUAAUUAGCACAAGGAAGUGGGGGGGGUGACAGAGAGCUCGGUGCUUGCCGUUUCCAGAAGCAUCAGAAAAAGACCACAGCGGAAUUUAUGGAAAACACGUGUGUAUAUCCUUUCAAUCAUUUAAUUAAAUUUGGGUAGAUUCGUGGAAGCGCAUUAUGUCAAUAUUCAGUCAUUUGGAGCACUUUGAUUUUCUUUGUAGUUCAGUGGAGGUAAGUGAUUUUAUGUGCAUUGGGGUCAUAUGUAAAACUUCGAUGUAAUUUCACUACAAUAAAUCGCCUUCCU